CGACAUAUUGAUCACGUGACGAAGAUUGUGAUCAUGACGUCACAACAGCAAGACUCGCUACGAUUCGCCCGUUCCAAAAAAUGGUCCAAUCAAAUGCAUCCGGCUUUUUGUUUACUAGUUAUUCCCGGAAUUCUAAAGCGAUGGCAAAUUUACUUCCCAAGAUCUAAAAACUAUUGCUAUUGCAAAACGUUUUCACACAGAAAUGGCCAAAAUCACUUCUCUGUUUCCCCUUUAUUGGUUUAUACAUACAUCGUACGUGGGCGAAUAUCCGUGUCUUUUAAUCCAAAACGUAAACAAAGCAAUUUCAUGGAACCAAAAUACGACCCAAACGAACAAAAGUUGCCCUAAAUCGUCUAAUGUGGAACUUCCCCAUAUUCCCGUGAGGUCCGGGCGUAAGGAACCCCCCCACCCCCCGAAACAAAUUCAUACAUCAAUCGUUUGUGACUCCCGGUACCGCGUUCUUGUUUAAAAACAUUCAGCCCUAAGGGCACCCAUGACAAUUUAUUAUAAAAGACCAUCAAACCUUCCUUUCCCUACCCGUACGGCCGUACCCCACAGACUUGCGGUGUUAUGGUUCGUGGUCCUUUCUUGAACGUUAUGGACAAGUGCUAAAACCAUUAAAUAUUUUGGGGGAGAGUGAUGAAGGGAGGGGUAUCUGGAAUACCUACCCAGUAAAUGAAAAUUCAGCGUUCCUUUCCCUACACCUAGCAUAACAUUUUCGUACGCUAGAGAGGAUGGCUCAGACUGUUCCUACAAUUACCAGAAGAUAUUUUCGUGGAUAUUUUGAUGAGAAGAUUCGUUGCUCUCGUUUGGGAUAAAAUUAUUAAUUAAUAAAUCUACGAUCUCCCCAAUAUUUUUGGAAUGAGAAGAUCGUGGAUUUAUUACUUAAUAAUAUUAAUCAUAAGAUGUUCGUGCGCUGUGACUCCCAGUGCUAUGUUCUUGAGGCUCUCCCUCAAAACGUGCUGCCUUAGAAAGUUGAAUUUUCCUUUUGUAAUGCGAGCAUUUUGUGGAGAAAAGGUCAGGGGAAAGCGACGUAAGUUCUGGAAAAAGCAGUCAUGGCGCUUCCAGUAACUUAGAGCGAAAAGCUCGGUAUCGUUGGUCCCGACCACAAAAACUUUUCUCAGUUUUUAGCGAUACCUGACUAGCCGUCUGUCAACCUCCUAGUGGUGCCCCCUCUGGUAACGAUCUCAACCCUCCUAACGGAACUCUGAUGAGAUUGCCGAAUGACAGUAUGGCGAACCAAAUCCAAGUCAGGGUGGAAGAGCCGACGCCGAGAGGACGGCCUGGUCAAGGGGGAACUUGGUCAUUGGACAGUGAACUCUGGGUACCGGGCGCCUCUCAAUUUCAAGUAGCCUUCUGAUUGUAAGGGGAAGCUGCCAGGGACCGUUGAAAAGCCUAAUACUCGUGGGAAGGUCGUAUUGGACUUAAUACAAAAACCACUCAAGCUGUAACGGGGGACUCGCUACCUCCAACCAUCACUGACCAAGGAUUGUCCAUCGAGAGGGCCUUAUUGGCCUCUGACGAAGACCACUAGUCUAGACAGUGUUACCGCAUCCCUCUCUCUCUGAAGACUCCUAAUUCUUGGGUAACAAAGCCUCAGGGGAGACAAGUGAACUAAACAAUGCUGUGGAAGGCCCACCCCACAAGUAAAUCUUUGUGGAGCCCUUUGUAAGCGGUUCAAAAAACUCAUAGGCUGCUGGGUAUAAUCCAAACGAAGCUGAAAAAUCAAACGGUACCCUCAGGAGUGCUGGCAAGUUCAAAGCGAGAAGCCCAGAAAAGGGAGCAGGACAGUUAUGUCUCGAGUUAUGUCCUCAUAUGGGAGCGCAGAUAAUACCCUCAAAAAAUCUCGUUCCAUCACUUCUCAAGCCAUGGAGGAAGGUGGAGGUGCUUCCACAGCUCCAAAAAAAAACUUCGAAUCUGAAGUACAAUCACCACAACAGCACUAGCAGCUGCUACAGGGGCAAAAUGCAAGAAGCUAUGGUUAAGCAUCACAGUUGAGGCAACUUGUGGCCAGUUCACCCGGGCUUAGGCAGACACCUCACUGUAAAGCAGGACAUUGCCCUCAUUCAAGAACCUUUGGGUUGUUAAAUCAAUGGUUUCUGGUUUUGGGGGCACAAAACCGUUAUUUUGAUAUACGAUAAGAAAAACCUAGAACAGAAGGUAGAAGGUAUUUGUGUUCCUAGCCACCUUAAAGCUCUUCUGCUGGCACACCUGUGGUGCUCGUGAUAUCUGACUAUACAGUUAAGCUGUGACAUACAGAGGGUAAAGCUAAAGUAAUAGUAGUAUCAGUAUAUCUGCUAAUAGCACCAAAUAUUUUGAGGGAGACAUGUAGAAGUUUAUAGCUUGGUUUAUAGUGACUUAUCUGGUAGAGUAUGUUAAUUUAUUUUCCGUACACCAUGAUGGUAGAAGGGUUUUGAUUAUAAUAAAUACCUAAUAACGUUACAAUUCUUGUUGUUUAUUCCAUAUUAUGCUGUAAAGGAUCGUGACGGUUGCUUUCAAGUUUGGACUAUUAUAAUGUAACUCGAAUUUACAGUGAUGACCGAAGGCUUUAUUAAUUCCAGUGCGUUAAAGCAAAUUCAAAUGUAAGCGCGGUUGCGUUUGCGCAGUACCGAGGGAGUCAAUGUGCAAGACAUCUGCAAGUAUAUUACAUGACAUAACCUCAAAUUUUAUUUAAAUUGUGUUAUUGAAUAUAAUUUUAAUAUUAUAAAGAUGCCCAAGGUUGUAUCACGUAGUAUUGCUUGUUCAGAUAUUAAAGAUCAGGAAGAAUAUGGAGAUGAGAAACCUUUACACAUAUAUUACUGCUUAUGCGGCCAAAUGACUCUAAUACUUGACUGUGCCAUGGAAAAACUACCAUUACGCAAACGUGACGGAGCACGAGUACUUGACGGAGUAAAUCACGCACAUAAAAUCACAUACGAUAUUGAUGAAACAGUAUAUAUUAAACGUCCCGAAGGUAUUGAAAGGCAACAUCGUUUGAAAUGCAAAAAAUGUGGUCUCUUACUUUAUUAUAAACACGAUCCCAACAGCACAGUAAAUUUUAUUGUCAAAGGAUCCUUAAUUAAAUCAUCUAAGGAGGGUCCUAUCGCGGACAUUUAUAAUCAGGUAGCAGUAGAAAAGCCAAAAAAAAUUAUGGUUACUAAGCAUACUAAAAAUAUGGGCAAAUUCAGUUCAGUUACCGUAUCAACGAUUGAUGAAGAGGAAGACGAAAUUGAAGCGCGAGAGGUAGCAGAUAGUUACGCCAAUAAUGCGCGAAUUAUCGAGAAACAACUGGAACGGAAGGGGAUGAACAAAAGAAAACAGGAAUCGAAACAAACACAAUUAGAGUUGAAGAAAGUACGAGGUACACUAAUAGAUAAGUAAUAAGAAUGUUUUAUUUGAAACAUGUGUAAACAAAAACGAAACUGCGC